GCGUGCCAAAUAUGAGUCUCGAGCCAUAAGUUUACUCGCUGCCGGCGAUUAUAUUCCAAUAGCAAAUCACGAGCUCGUUUUCUGUAAUGUUUUCUCGAACUUCGUUGUACUUUCAAGGCUUUAUUUUUCUCCAACUAUGGUGUUUCUCGGUUGCUGUCCAAAACUCCACCAUGUCCGAAAAGAAGAAAUUCGAAAGAUUACCUACCACCGUGAAACCAACGGUAUACGAUUUGUUUUUGAAACCGGACUUGAAAACAUUCAGAUUCGAAGGCAAAGAAACAGUUUUUGUACAAAUCGUUCAACCAACCGAUAAAAUAAUCCUGAACUGCGUUGAUUUAAACAUAAGCCAGGCUCAACUGAAAUUAACACCGAGUGGCGAAAUCCUUCCUGCAGAAUGUUCAAUAUGUGCCGAGGAAGAAACGUUGAAAUUGACUUUCCCGAAAGAUCUACCCGUAGGCGAUGCCGAACUUUCGAUAGCUUUUGUAGGCGAACUGAACACUCUAAUGAAAGGAUUCUAUCGCAGCAAAUACACAGCAGUUGCCGGUAAAGAAGAUAAGUACUGCGCUGUAACGCAAUUCGAAGCAACUGACGCUCGAAGAUGUUUCCCAUGCUGGGACGAGCCAGCAAUUAAAGCUCGCUUUGACAUCACCUUGGCUGUGGAUGCGGAUAAAUUAGCUUUAUCUAAUAUGCCUGUAGAAAGUGAAAAGGUAAAUGAUGGAGUUAAAGUUGUCAAGUUCCAGAGAACUCCUAUCAUGUCAACGUAUCUAGUCGCUAUGGUUGUCGGUGAUUUUGAUUACGUGGAAGAUAAAACCAGUGAUGGUAUUUUGGUUCGAGUGUAUACGCCUCCUGGUAAAAAAGAACAGGGUCGAUUUGCUCUACAUUGUGCCACUAAAGUAUUGCCAUACUACAAAGAGUAUUUCAACAUUGCCUAUCCUCUUCCUAAAAUGGAUUUAAUCGCUAUCGCUGAAUUUUCCGCUGGUGCUAUGGAAAAUUGGGGUUUGGUCACAUACAGAGAGACGUAUUUAUUGGUCGAUGAAUCGAAUACAUCAGCAGCAACCAAGCAACAUGUUGCUAUCGUAGUUGGACACGAACUAGCUCAUCAGUGGUUCGGAAACUUGGUCACGAUGGAAUGGUGGACUGAUUUAUGGCUUAAUGAAGGAUACGCGUCGUUUGUCGAGUACCUUUGCGUAGCGUAUUUAUUCCCCGAGUACGAUAUCUGGACUCAAUUCGUGACCGAUAUGCAUUGUAGAGCUUUAGAAUUAGAUGCUUUGAAAAAUAGCCAUCCGAUCGAAAUCCCCGUCGGUCAUCCGUCCGAAGUUGAUGAAAUUUUCGACGAAAUUUCCUACGAUAAAGGUGGUUCUGUGAUCAGGAUGUUGCAUAGAUACAUCGGAGAUAAUGAUUUUCGCAAAGGUAUGAAUUUAUAUCUAACCAGACAUCAGUACGGCAAUACGCACACCCUAGAUUUGUGGACUGCUUUGGAAGAAGCUAGCUCUAAGCCUAUUAAAAAAGUCAUGCCUACUUGGACUCAACAAAAAGGCUAUCCUGUGAUUACAAUCGAAAGUAGCGUACAAGAAGCGAACAAUGUUCGUACUUUGAUCGUUCGUCAAUCGAAAUUUAGCAUUGAUCUUGAUAGCAAAGAUGAUCAAACAUCGUGGCUAGUUCCGAUAACAUUCAGCAAACAAUCUAAUCCGAAAGAAGACUGCUUCAGUACUGUCUUGGAAGGUCGUCAGUGUAAAAUAUCCAUCCCUAACGUGUCUCCGAACGAAUGGAUUAAAGUGAAUCCAGGAACGGUGGGUUUCUAUAGAACGAACUACACAGCGGAUAUGUUGAAAGUGUUGAUACCUUCGAUUGCUGAUAAAACCCUACCACCUCUCGACAGACUGGGCAUUCUAGAUGAUUUAUUCGCGUUGGUGAUAGCUGGACAAAGCGACGCUGUCCAAGUACUAGAAUUAAUGCUGGCGAUGAUCGAAGAAGAGAAUUACACCGUAUGGACCAAUAUGGCCACGUGUCUCGAAAGGUUUUAUAGUUUACUGAGCAACACCGAUUUUAAUCGUUUAUACGACCUUUACGGUCUAAAGUUGGUGAAACCUAUUUCGAAGAAAUUAGGCGUCGAUGCGAAACCAGGAGAAUCUCACCUGGUCACGUUGUUGAGAAGUUUAAUACUAAAUCGUUUAGUUAAAUUCGGCGACGAAGAAUUUCUGCAUUUGGCGAAAGAAAGAUUCGCCGAACACUACAGCUCGCGAAAAACAAUACCAGCUGAUUUAAGAACUGUUAUCUACAAAGGUGUGAUUGCUGCUGAAGGCAAACCAGCAUUCGAUUCAUUGAUUGAUAUGUACAAAAAAACCGAUUUACAAGAAGAAAAAGAACGUAUCUUAAGAUCAUUUUCAUCCAUCACAGAUCCCAGUGUUGUCGACGAGGCUUUGAAAUUCGCCCAAUCGGACGAUGUUACCUCAGCGAGCACUGUAACCGCUUUGACGUCGAUAUCAGCUUCGAAAGUAGGCCGUGAUAAAUCGUGGCAGUUCGUUAAAGAAAACUGGCCAAGUUUAUCAUCCAAAUAUGCGGGUGGUUUCUUGAUUACUCGUAUCGUUAAACAUACGACCGAAAAUUUCGCCAGCGAAGAGCGAGCUAAAGAAGUCGAAGAGUUUUUCGCCGACAAAGAUAGAAGUGGAAUUGAAAGAACGAUUAGUCAAUGUUUGGAAACUAUUCGCAAUAGCGCGAGGUGGUUGAAAAAAGAUGGAGAUUCGAUUAAAGCUUACCUGGAGAAAAUUCAAUCGUAAUGUUUUAAGUUAUUGAUGAUUAUACCGUCGAUUGGUGUUUUUAUUUAUUUUAUUAUCAAGCUUUUAUUUUUUAUACAUACGGUUGAUUUUUUUUCUUCCUCUUUUACGUAUUUCAAGUGUCUUCUUUUUUUAUACAUUACAAUUUUUAAUUUGGUAAUACGUUGAACAAGAAUCACAUUUUGUGUAUUAUUCGUGCUAUCGUGUGUGUGUUUUUUUCCAUCGUGGAAAUUUUUUUUUUUAGUGUUAUCGAAUUUAAUAAAUAUUCUUCUUGUAUGCUUAA